UUUUUCGGUCCGAAGGCCCGAAGUACGAAUACUUAAAUUAUUUUAAUUGUAACCUAAACAUAUAUAUUGCAGUAUACAUUAUGUUUAAUGAUGCCUUGGAGAUACUAAACGCGGAAUGUAAAACUCACCUCGAGAAAUAUCCUCCUGAACCCAACCCCUGGCUCCGUCAGUCUUGGGGAUCUGAAGAUUGUCGGAGACUGGUGGCUGAGCAGGUUGCUUCACUCCUAGAGCAGGUUCAAGACGAGGGAGUUAUCCGGUAUCCAUCCUUCAGCUUUACAGAUAACGUAGAGUACGUUCAAGGAUACGGAUUAAGAAGAGUAAAUAACCCGGUUUUGUCUACAGUAAGACGGGAGAAGAACAAAGAAAGGUUUGACAAGUUUAUCUUCGUCCUAAACACGAUCCUCUCCGGGUUGUUAAAGAGCAGGAGAUCCAACAAGAGAGAUCUAUACUACCAAAACGUACACAACUUCUCUGAGCAGGGUGAGCUGGAUGAGCUAGUGAAGAAGGUUGUCAGUAUCAUGAGUAUACCCAGAACCCUGCUGGGUAUAGUAGCUACCAUCAAGGGUCUGGUUGCUGGUAAUAUAAAGUAUAUAGAUGAGAGCGGAGUAGAAGUUAACUGUCUUCUAGCAGAGGGCGGAGAACAGGUUCCUUCAGAUUCAACUCAGAUAUCAGGGGUAGAGACGGGAGCCCAGCUUAUACUGGUGGUGGAGAAGGAUACAGUUUUCCAAAGAUUGAUCCAGGAAUACCUGAAACAAGAUUCACUCAGAGAUAUAAUUCUUCUAACUGGAAAGGGGGUUCCAGACCUAGCAACCAGGAGUUUUCUUCACAGAUUAACAAGUCUUUUCCAGCUCCCGGUUCUAGUUCUUACAGAUUGUGAUCCAUUCGGGUUUGAGAUUAUGCUCACGUACAGAUUUGGAUCAAGGAGUAUGGCACUGUGUGGAGAAACAUUAGCAGUUCCGUCCUUGUUCUGGUUAGGGGUUCUUCCCAGGGAUAUUCCUAUGCUUCAGGUUCCCCCUGAAAUUCGUCUUCAACUAUCCCAGGCCGACUGUAAAAAGCUCAAGGAUAUAUCCAAACGACCCUAUUUAAGGUCUAUGGUUGGAUUGGUGAAUGAGUUUGAAACCUUGUGGAGAUUAGGAUAUAAGGUUGAGAUUGAACAGGUUGCAGAGCUAUCUGAGUUCUCUCUACCUCAAUAUAUAACCAGGAAGAUCCAAUCCUUGGAGAUAAUCUAAAUCCAAUCCUGGAGAAACAAUUAAACCCUAAUAUUUUUUAAUUUAUCUCUGUAGAAAAUUAACAAAAUAAAACUUAAAUAUUA